GAGAGAGAGAGUUGGCACAGACAGAAUCGCUUGCUGUGUGUGAACACGGACAAGAGCAGGAGGAGGAGAAGAACAGUGGAAACAUAUUGCCAAAGAGCGAGCAAGCAACACAGUGCAGCAGCCGAAGUCGAUCGGUGAAGCACCAGAGCGAAGAUCUGAACACACACACACACACACACACACACACACACACACACACACACACACACACACACACACACACCAGGAAAGAAAAAGCUACUAACACACACUUGCAUCGCUUUGAAGCAGCAAAGAACGACGCGAGCUUGAAAGCAAGUGAGGACUUCUUUUAGAUUGACAUGGCACGGAGGAGGGGCUUAAAGGCAAGUUGAUGAAUUUGCUUUUCCUUUGUAAUGUAUUGGAAUAUGGAAGCGUAAAAAUCCAGUUGAACAGGAUCAGGACUUGCUGGAGCGAUAUUGCUGCUGAUGGUGAGGAAGUAAAUAAAAAGAGAGCAAAGAAAACAGACAGUGUGUCAGAACAGAUUUCACAUCAGCACCGGUCAGCUCUCUGCAGGCGCUAUAUAUAUAUGUGUGUGUGUGUGUGUGUGUGUGUGUGUGUGUGUGUGCGUGCGUGUGCGUGUGUGAGCUAGCGUGAAGUGCAGCCUCCCCUCUCACUCCAGGCAGCUGUCCUCACUCGUUCACAGGAGAGGGCAGCCGAGGAGAGAAAGAGAGAGGGCUGAGAAAGAGUGCUGAAGGAGAGAGGGAAAGAGAGAGACAGAUGGCACAGACCGAAGUGAGAAAACAAACACACGAGGAGGCAGGAGGAAGCCGGACGGAGGGACUGUAAAUGAGGAUCAGCGAUCGGCAGAAGUGGCACCGUGGGUCGAGCUGCGCGGGACACGUAGCUGCAGAAACCUGACAGAGGAAACGGAUGAAGAUGGAGAGAUCGAGCACAAUCACAGACAAGACAGAUGGACAAAACAGGCCGGACUACUGACUCUGCCUCUCACACUUCCUCUGCUUAGUGAGCUGGCAAUAAGCUUCCCUGCACUCUUUUUCUGCUCAUCUCCGUCUCUUUUUUUCCCCACGCCUUCGUUCAAACUUUCCAUAUUUUUUGUAUCCGUCUAUCUGUACUGUAUGUGCCUGUAUUUGUGAUCAGAAGCUACGGGCUGUCAGUCACCAGUUUAAAAGAGACACGGUUCCUCAGGACAGGCUAAACAGAUGGACUGAAUGAAAGAUACAAGGAAAGAGAGAAAGAGGUAAAGAAAGAGGGAUAGGUUAGAGGUGUCGCCAGGGAGCACACCGUGCAGCCGAGUCCUCCGUGUCGGAGGGAAGGAUACCAGAUCUUUUCUUUUCUCUAAAAGCCUGUGUGAGUUUUAGCACUAGUUGAUCUGCCAUGAGAGCACUUUGUCAUGUCCGUGUUAGCGGAAUGCUUUCAGCUGAAGAAACAUCAGACGGCCGAGAAAUAGAGAUUAACAAUAAACGUCUAGAGGAUAACAAUGGAUUGUUCUCACCACCAGGUUCUGCAUGGAUCUCGGAUCAGAACAGGGUAUUUUUGUAGCUGGAGAUUUGUGGUCUGAGCUCUUGGUGUUCUCCUGAAAGAGAGAGAGAGAGAGAGAGAGAGAGAGAGAGAGAGAGAGAGAGAGAGAGAGAGGGAGGCGGGGUAUCUUAGAGGUCAUGCCAGGAGAUUUAUAAGAAGCAGACAAAGAUCUUGAACCACUUGAACCACCAGCUGUUCUCUUCUCGUUGAUGCUUUUGACCUGUAUUGUUUCCUGUUAUAGUGAAGCCCAACAUAAUGUCAAAUUGAAGCACUGACAAAUUUAAGAGUAGGGUCCAUUUUGGGCAUUAGGCGUGUGGGUUUGUUAUCCCUUGGGCAUUCUCUUUCUGCCUGCUGCCUCAUGAUUGCUCCUGGCACGGUACCCUGGCUAGGAGAUGAAGCCGUGCCCUUUGCCGCUCUAGCAACCCUGUGGACAUUCAUGGCUCGGGAAUUCCCGCGCCUUCGGCGGUCCUCAUCCUCGGUGCCCAGUCAAGUGCCCAGUCGCCGUCGCUUGCCCUUGGCUCUUCGUACCCGCUUGCAUGGCCUGCGCCAUGCCUGUUCCCCAGCCUCUUCACCAAUUCGCAGGGCACUCUGGACAUUGGCAAUGUGCACCGCACUGGGUCUGCUUCUGUCAUGGUCCUCAAACCGUGUGCUGCACUGGUUGGCUUUGCCCACUGCCACCAGAGUACACACGCAGUGGGCACGUCAGCUCGACUUCCCCACUGUCACUAUCUGCAACAACAACCCGGUGCGACUCCCGCACCUCACCAAGAGUGACCUUUAUUUUGCCGGGCACUGGCUUGGCCUGCUGCAUGCUAAUGGGACUGCACGCUCGCUAGUGCUAGAGCUGCUACGCGAUGAGCGCCUUGCUUGGUUUCGCAAGCUCUCUGACUUUCGGCUCUUUCUCCCACCACGCCGCUUCCCAGGGACCAGCCUGGAGUUCCUCGACCGCCUCGGGCACCAGUUGGACGACAUGCUGCUCGCCUGCAAGUAUCGAGGAGAACCGUGUGGUGCUCACAACUUCUCCACUGUUUUUACCCGAUACGGAAAGUGUUAUAUGUUCAACGCAGCUGAGGAGGGAAAGACUUUGAGGACCACCAUGAAAGGAGGAACUGGAAACGGCCUGGAGAUUAUGCUGGAUAUUCAGCAAGAUGAGUACCUGCCUGUGUGGGGCGAGACAGAAGAGACGGCGUUUGAGGCUGGAGUGAGGGUGCAGAUCCACAGUCAAGCCGAGCCUCCGUUCGUGCACGAGUUGGGCUUUGGAGUGGCUCCAGGGUUCCAAACAUUCGUAGCUACUCAGGAACAGCGGCUGACGUACUUGCCUCCUCCAUGGGGAGAGUGUGUGUCCCAGGCUCUGGGCUUCUUCGAGGUGUACAGCGUCACAGCGUGCCGUAUCGAGUGUGAGACACGCUACAUCGUGGAGAACUGUAACUGCAGGAUGGUCUACAUGCCCGGAGACUCUCCGUUCUGCACUCCUGAACAGUAUAAAGACUGUGCUGAACCUGCACUCGCUGCUCUGUCGUCCGUGGAGGGCAGCAGCUGCAUGUGCAGGAACCCGUGCAACAUGACCCGCUACAACAAGGAGCUCUCCAUGGUGAAGAUCCCCAGCAAGACGUCAGCACGCUACCUGGAGAAGAAGUUCAACAGAUCAGAGAAGUACAUCACGGACAACAUCCUGGUGCUCGACAUCUUCUUUGAGGCUCUGAAUUACGAAACCAUUGAGCAGAAGAAAGCAUACGAAGUGGCAGGAUUACUAGGAGACAUUGGAGGUCAGAUGGGAUUGUUCAUCGGUGCCAGCAUACUCACAAUCCUCGAGCUGUUUGACUAUGCCUACGAGGUGGUGAAGGACAGAAUCCUGGAUCUGUUGAGUCGAGGCGAGGAGGAAGAGAGUCGAGGGGAGGACGUGAGCACGUGUGAUCCUGUAGUGAAUCACUCGGAGACCAUCAGCCACACAGUCAGUGUUCCUUUACAGACCACUCUGGGGACACUGGAUGAGAUCGCCUGCUGAGUGCGUUUCCCCUCCAGAGCAGCAGGAGGAGACACCGAAUCCUCCUCACUGGCCACGAUGCCAGGAACACGGUGUGAGGAAGACACACAAAAGAGACGAAGGAAAAUGAUUCGUGUUUCCUUUUCGCUUAAAACUGCUUCAUUCUGUACAAAGAAACAAAGAUGGCAGGACAAGUCCACUGACAAAUCUCUCUCUCUCACACACACACAGACACACACACACACACACACACACACACACACACCCAAAACUUUUCCCCAAAGCUGUAACUGAUGGACAAGAAGCGAGACACGUUUACUUCAGACUAGUGGGAGACUGGCUCAGGACACUGAAGUGUAAACGCGUCGUCCCUCUGCUCGGCUACCGUUUUAAAGUCUACUGCCAAAACAUGAAGGACGUUCGGUGCAGAAGGACAAGAACCUUUGCAUGUGUCAGAUUCUCUCUCGUCUGUCUCUCUGAGCAAGUCGUUCCGCUUCAGUCAUGUGUCUCUGCGUCCCAUUACGUACCCGUAGGGAUCUGUCCCAAACCCACGGCAGCAGGCUUUCCUUUACUGCUUUCACACACUCCUACCUGAUGUGUGCCGCUGUCCCGGAAAUCUGUACGGAUCUGAGGGACGUUUGGGACGUCGUCUGGGUUUCCACCGGCCUUCGUAUCGCCUGCAAGAGGAGAGAAGGAAUAGAAAAGAUGUAAACGGAAAUGGUGUUUUGUUUAGCCUGAGAUUAAGCCAUAAUUUUGUUUAUCUUGAAGCUAAAGUGAAUUUUUUGGUGUUUGUUCAGUGAACCGAUGAUCACGAAUCUUCUUAUAUCAGCUCUUAAUUUGCUGCUUUUUCAUUUCUGCACAUUUUCAACAACGGCAGUGAGCAGUAGGAGAGUGAGAGCGCUGUGACAUGCCGAAUACAGCAUGUUUAAAUCAAACCCCAGUGCGGUUACACUUACAGGAAGAGGACUCACCCCUCAUCCACCCCUCAUUCACCUCUUAUUCAACCCCUAAUCCACCCUUCAUGCAACACCUCAUCCACUCCUUAUUCAACCCCUCAUCUACCACUUAUUCAACCCCUCAUUCACCCCUCAUCCAUCCUUCAUUUAUCCCCUCAUCCACCCCUAUUUAUCCCCAUAUUGACACUCUCAUUCAACCCCUCAUCCAAACCCUCAUCCCUCAUCCACCCAUCAUCCACCCCUCAUCCACCCAUCAUUCACCCCUCAUCCACCACUCAUUCACCCCCUCAUCCACCCCUCAUUCACCCAUCAUCUACCCCUUAUUCAAACCCUCAUUCCUUAGCCACCCCUCAUUCAUCCCUUAUUCACCCCUCAUUCGCCCCCUCAUCCACCCCUCAUUUGCCCCCUCAUCCACCUCCGCUUUACCCCCUUAUUCAAAAGACACUGUAAAUGUUUUGCUUUGAUUGGCUCAUAUUUCUUCUCCAUCUGCUUUUAGUUGCAACAUGAAAUACUACAUAGGUGAGAAGGUGCAAAUAAAAAAACAAAAUCUGUCAGAAACAUGAGAGAAAAAAACACACUCGCACCUCAGAGGAGAAGAUAUCCUGAAUAAAGCCAAGUCUAAUAUUUCUCUAAUAAAUAUACGACCAUUGGCUCAUUUCAAGCUUAAAAUAAUAAUAAUAAUGUCUUUGCUGACGUCACUGCUUACAAUAUAUAUAUAUAUAAAGUCAGAAUAAUCUGGGACUAGUUGAAAUAUUAUAAUAAAGAGAAAUUAGUUGCCUGUAUUCAAGAUAUGAUCGUAGGAAACGAAUGAAAACGUCAGCAUUAACUUCUCCAACAUCGCAUCAUGCUCGUCUCUGAUUGGACGCGGCGGUCUUUACCUUCACAGGGCUGUAGACAGUCUGUUCCGGUGUGUUAUCUAAUCUAGUCAGACUAAAAGAAUGAGCGGUAAUAAAGUUCUUAGUUUUUAUACUGAGUUCAUUCAAGCAGUUUUUCACAACUCGAAUCAAAUAAUGCAAAGAUGGCGUCAAUAUCAAAUGUCAAAAAAUCGACACAAACCCAAAUAAAACCAUCAGUAGAUUCAUGUAGUAUUUCCUCUCACUGUAAAGACACUUUCCGGCGCCGAGACCGACGUGCACCGCCACCGCCACGGCGAGCGUGUGAUGUUUAAUAAAACUGCGAGCUUUUCUGUUUGUUUUUCUGUGUCUGGAUUUCUGUUGGGGGGGGGGGGGGGCAC